AACGACGAAACCUUUUGCCUUUUCUUCUGGAAACACUGAAAGCAUCGCGAGGGAGAGUGAAUGAACGACGACCAUGUCAGUACUAUGCGGUCGGUACUCUCCAACAGAACUUCCCAAGCUCCUGCGUUCUCCCUUUCUUGGCCAAACUCUAUCUCUACUUGGAAAAUCACAUUUUGGAGAAAGUUUCCGACAUCCUGUGCAUCUAUCUAAGAUCAAUGCAAUAUUUUGGGGGCCUAAAAAAACUGUGGAGCCACAUGAGAUGGAACUUUCACUGGGGGAGUUUCAUCUGACAGGGCCAGGCCCAGAGGGAGAGACAGGAUGUGAGAAGAAACCCCAGAAAAUAUCACUUUCAGUGGUUUCUUCAAUUUCAGAGGUUUCUUCUGAUGGUUGGGAUGCAUGUGCGCUGGAUGCUACAGGACCACAGAACCUUAAUCCGUUUAUUACUCAUGGUUUCCUUUCAAGCUUAGAGGAGUCAGGUUGUGCUGUAAAGGAAACGGGAUGGGUUCCACGACAUAUCAUUGCUCAGGAUGAAUUUGAGAACAUCAUAGGUGUUGUUCCGCUUUAUCUUAAAAGCCACUCUUAUGGGGAAUUUGUCUUUGACUAUUCUUGGGCAGAUGCUUACUACAGUUUUGGAUCUAGUUAUUAUCCGAAGUUACAAUGUUGUGUUCCUUUUACUCCAGUGACUGGUCAGAGGAUACUAAUCCGUAACAUCUGGUUCAAGGAUCAGGUCUUUGAAAAGUUAGUUUCCGCACUGAAAGACCUGACUGCUAAGUUUGGGGUCUCAUCACUUCACAUUACCUUUCCAUCUGAAAAUGAGUGGCAUGAAAUGAAAGAACAUGGAUUUCUACAGAGGAUAGGAAUGCAGUACCAUUGGAAAAAUCGUAAUUAUAGAAGUUUUGAUGAGUUCUUGAUGGACAUGAAGCAAAGCAAAAGGAAAAAUAUCCGUCAAGAGCGGAAGAAGAUUUCUACUCAAAACUUGAAAAUGAAACGUCUCCGUGGUGAUGAUAUUAAGGCGAAACACUGGGAUUCCUUCUACUAGUUCUAUAGGAACACGACUGAUAACAAGUGUGGUAGAGCUUUUCUAACUAGGGACUUCUUUCACAACAUGGGAGCAAAAUUGGGAGAUAAAGUGUUACUCAUUAUUGUGGAAGAGGAAGAUGAACUUGUUGCAGGAGCUCUUAAUCUUAUUGGAGGAGAUACUUUGUUUGGGAGCUUAUGGGGCUGUCUCCCACAAGCCUACUAUCCAAGUUUGCAUUUUGAAGCAUGUUAUUAUCAGGCUAUAGAAGCAGCUAUUGAAAUGAAUCUAGAGAAAGUUGAGGCAGGAGCUUAGGAAGAACAUAAAAUUCAGCGGGGCUAUCUUCCUGUGACAACUUACAGCUGCCACUACAUUCUGGAUAAAGGUUUUAGAAAAGCAAUUCAGGACUUUCUGGUGCAUGAGAAAGAUGAGAAUGAUUACAGGUGUAGAAACUCUAGACUUUUAGAUGGAAUGGGUCUAUGAUGGGGUUUUCAGCAUGAGUCAAAAGGUCAAGCUUGUUAUGAAACUAUUACAUGACUCCAGCCCCUAAGAGGAUGAUGUGAAGUAUUGAAGUCUUGAUGAACAAACAUUCUGUUGUAUAAAGGUGUUCAUACGCAAAAUUAUCAUGCCUUACAGAACUGGAAAUCAUUUAGAUAGCAAUUACAAUGACAGACGAUUUUAUUUUGGUUUAUUUCUUAUUUGGUUUUCAUUUGUUAUGAGUUUCAUGCAUUCAUGAUGUAAACCAAUUAGUAGACUGAAAAUUUCUGUACUCCUUACCUUGUAUUUACACAGUUUUGUAAGUUUGAUUUCUGUCCUGCCCUUUUACAUAAGUUAAGACUUCAUUGUUCCAA